CCCGCCGUUCUUCUCCUGCUUGUUUUGACCCCUUUCCACUCUGCCCACCCAGCACAACAGUCACCCUUGCCAGCAUCCGAUGACCCCCUCUUUUAUGAGUAGCCUGUUGCUCUGAGUGGUUUGUCUGUCCAUCUGUGUCCGCCUCCUGCUGCACUUCUUGGCCCCUAUGUCGUGCUCCGCUCUUCUCCUGCCACACAGAAAAGAACUUUUGAGUUCGGCACCCCGCACAUGUGUAUGCAGUAGUGUUGCCUGUUGCUGGGGCUUGCUCGCGGCUGAAGCAUCUUCCUGUGGGAUAAACAACAGUGCAAGAAGCGUUGCAAGAAGUGUGCGCGAGCAAACUACAUGGCCGGCUCUCUUAUAAGUCACCUGCUCGUAAGCCGCCUGUCUGUCUUUGUCCGCCUCCCACUGCUGUUCUUCACGGCCGCUUUGUUGUGGUUCCUUCUCAACCUGCCAAGCAGAGAAAGGCCAAGUUCGGCAUCCGCCCGCACAUGUGCAUGGAAUGGUCUUGCCUGCUGCUGGGUCUUGCUCUCGGCUGAAGCAUCUUCCUGAAUGAGAAACGAAUCGUGAAAGCUCAUAGCUUUCUCACGGUGAUGCUCGCCGUUUGUCAUGGCCAGAAUAGAUGGGAACACCCUUUGGCCUUGCUUUUCAGGGCUCUUCAGCUGGUUGUCCUUAAAUGAAUGGCCACACAACAGCACUGGAUGCACCGUGAAUCCCUCCUCCUCCAGCAUCGACCGAAAGGCAGUCCACCGUCGCUUCACCAUCUCUUUGGUGAAUCGUUGACUGUUGCAAAGGAUGCGAGGACGGUUGGAUGACGAUGACAAUCCACCGGAGCCGCCAUGUACACUGAUGCAGACAAUAGGAUGCAGAGCACGGGAACAUGAGACACACACACCCUCCUGCUUUGGCCUUCAUGCUGACACGAUCUACUCUUGCACGCCAAACGCAUUCGCUUACUGUCGUUGGAGAUGUCCUUGAUGGAGAUGGAGUCGCCGCUCGCUGAACACAAACAUGCGAACAGAACUGAUGCAAAUAAAAGAGCACAGCGUGGCGAGAGGUUUGAUUACUGAGUUCUAUGAAGAUGUCGCUGAACUUGACGAACAAGGCCCAGCUAUCGAACAAACACCAACUGCAGUGAGCUAAAAAACUGUGUUGCCAUGACCGCCUUGUGUGUCUUUACCUGGCAUUGCAGUCUUUCAUGCAGUGGAAGUAGCGCUGCGGUCAUGCCUUGCAUUGUCACCUAACACACACACACAAGUCCAUUGCAACACACAUCAGCCAUUCAGAUCGACCAGCCAUCCAUCCAUCCAUCCGUUCACCUGAGGUGUUUGAUCCGCAUCGGGCGAUCGUGGCUCCAACACGGACAAGGGAAGGGGAGGGAGGGAAGGAAGAAGGGAAGGAAGGAAGACAUAGAGGUGGAUCGGAUAGCAGAUUGGGUGCAGUGGAUCGAUGGUGGACCGUCCGCAUACUGUGUUGCAGCGAACGACGGAGGGCGGAGAGUUCGAAUUGGCCGAUGUGGCCGCUGAAGGAGCGGCCCACUAUCAUGUUGCGUGGCUCCUCAGCCGUGGUGGCCACGGCGUAAGUGACGCCGCCUGAAAGAGGCAAUGAUACACACACACUACAUAUGCGCGAGACACGGCUUCCACUGACCGGUGGCGGCUGGGUUUGGUUUUGCUUUCUUGCCGGUCGGCUGGGCGACGCUGAGGUCGUAUGGCAUGACAAUGUUGACCUCGUCAUCGGCCAUCUUGGCCGGGUCAGUUACAACCUGCAGUAAUACAUCCAACAUUGGGAGACGCCUGUUGGGCUGGUUGGUUCUCACCUGCUCUCCCGGUAUCUGUUUGAAAACACACACAUGGACCAGCUCGAUAUCGUGUCGGUGGUGCUGCCUGAGCGGAUGCAGCAGGGGCAUGGGUGAUGUUGGCCAUAUCGGCGGCGCUGUGAGGAGCCGGCUCGGGGGCUGCAUCUGACACCACAUGAGGGGCCCCGACAUGCGCUCGUGGGGCAGCCCGCCUUCGUCCAGCGGACAAACUGGUUGAAGGCAUCUUCCAGCUGG